AUGAAGACGAAUACCACCUCCUUCAUUAUGGGUUCUCUUAGAUAUUAUUCGCCCGGGUCAUUGUGUAGGCUAAAACUUCGCUUCCACUUUUGCGCUGACAUCCCCAAAAAUGGUUGCUCUCCCAGGAGAAGAGGCAUUAGAGGAAUAGAAAUCUACUCUGGUGAAGAUUCUUCAUUCGAUUCACCAGUGAGGUCAUUCGACUCCUCUGAAGUUCCAAAAUUGCUGCCUGAUCGUGAAUGUAAGUCCAAGACUCGGUCGAGAUCUGGCAAUAGAUGCGGACUUCAUUUUGGCCCUUCUUCGAUCCGUUAUGGGUGCUCGUCGAAUUGUGUUAGAGGAGAAAGAGAGGGUCCCAGGCCUUUUUGCUUGAACAAAGGUGAUGCUGGCCCUUCAAAGUCGAUGAGGGACGACCCUGGGCCGUCGCAGUUAGGACAUCAUCAACUGCACUCUAAUAGGGAUAGAGAAACUUCUCCCUGGAUAAGUUAUCACCAUAUGGAGAGGGAAAGAGACUUACUCAGGGAAACUUUGACCUGCCUUAAAAAGGGAUCUGGUAGAUGCGAACUAUGUUAUGGCUCUUGCUCACUCUGA